GUGGAAGAAAAGGCCAUGAGCUGGUCUGCUGGUGCUUGGGGAUGGGGGAUGGGAGGGUAGUGCUGUGCUUGAUCCCAGGGGCCCUCAUGGCCCAGCCCACCCUCAAGUUGAAAACCAGCACAGAUUUGUGCCCAGUGGAUUUGGGUGAUGUUUUUAGCAGUAGAGCAGAACUAGUAGUGGAUGCGGAGAUGUGCAACGUCACAUGGAAAAGACCUAGGGGAAAAUCCACUUUCAAAGACUGGAGACAUAAUUUGUUCUUUUUUGGCUACCUAUGGCUGUACAUUUAUACUGUAAGGAGUAUAAUCAACAACAAAAUAUUUCGGUUUUGAUUUUACAGGGAAAGUGGUCCUGAAAUAAAUAGAACGGUAAGGGGUGGAAAGAGGGACAAGGUCCAGAGUUGCUGCUGGGUGGUGUUUGUGCGCCCCCUGCUGGGGGAGCUGACACGCUCAUCUCAGAAGGACAGGGACCCUGGGCGCCUGGCCCAAGUGUUUCCCAGCACGGUAGGGACUCGCUGUAUGUGUGGGGAGGACAGCAGGUGGUACCAGAGACAGACACUGGUCCAUGGACCCUUGAGGUGUGGGAAUAGAUUUUUUCAGGGCAUGAGAGAGACAGAUAGACAACUGGAUAAAGGCCCAGGUGUUGUUCUUGUGUAGGCCACUGUUCCCACGUCCAGGAACCUGACCUUGUGGGUGAGGACAUGCCGUCCCUCCAGCCAAGUUAAUAACUUCCUCCCCCAGCCAAGGAAUAUAGCUCUACGUCUACAGCAGCUCCUGUUCAAACUAUCAAAAUCACCCUGCAAGGAACAUGGUCACAGGAAGGUGGGAUUUCAGGAUACCCCUCAGGGACUGCCCUUCUCAGGAUUCCAUCAUGAAGUUCCAUGUACUUGUAGGUGUGCUGGUCAUGGUGGGCUUCGCAGUGGGAAAGGCUCCUGUUUCUGAAGUCCGGACCUGUCACCUCUGCCUCUUAGAAGACCCUUCUACAGGGUGCAUUUCAGGCUCAGAGAAGUGCACCAUCAGCAGCUCGUCGCCAUGCAUGGUGAUAACCAUCUAUUAUGAUACCAAGAUACGUUUCUUCAUCCGAGGCUGUGGACAGUACAAUUCUUACCGCUGCCAGGAAAAACGCAAUACCUACUUCUCGGAGUACUGGUACCAGGCCCAGUGCUGCCAGUACGAUUACUGCAACUCCUGGUCCAGCCCCCAGCUCCAGAGCUCCCUGCCUGAUCCCCCUGCUGGGGCCUUGGCCCUGCCCCUGUCGGAGUUCCAAAUCCAGUGGUUCUACAAGGCUCUGAACCUCUCACUGCCCCUACCCACCUUCCGUGCUGGGAAGGAGCCUGAAGGCCUCGACCCCCUGGCCACCCUGCCCCUGAACCUGAGCUUGUCCAUCGCUGACCUGUGCCACAUAUACUUGUCUCUCAACAGCUCAGGACUUUUGGUUCUUCCCUGGGCUGGGCCCUGAUGCCUUAUCCUUCUUGGAUUUUACUCUUCCAGCAUCUCUCUCCUAACACCCCAGCACCUAGUGCUGCCCUCCUAGAACACCCACAUUCUCUGGUCUGUGAUUUUUCAGGCCUCCCUUCCUCUGUGCUUCCAGCAUCUGUAUGGCUUAGGUUUCAUUUCCUUCCCAGAAACCGCUGUGGCACUGCACCAGUACUCUUCUUUCUCCUAGAAAAUACCAAGUUCACUUUCUGCCCAGGUUGACCUAGGGAAGGCACAGUGGUUUCCUCGUGCCUUUCCCAUCUUCCGAGUCCAUCAGCCCCCUUAUCUUUCCAAUCCCCUGUCAGUCCGGCCACCUGCUAUCUCCAUUCAGGUCUGGUUGUAGAUUGCAGCCCAUGCCUAUCUUAAGACCCAGACUGAAGUUGUAGCAAGAAGAAUGAAGCGUAGACAUCUGUGCAGAUUUCCUGACUAGGCACUCUGGUGUCCCUACUUCACUGCCUCCAACCUCUACUCCUGCCCUGGUUUCCUGCUUCUCUCCUUUUGCCACCGUCUGGCCUCCUCAGCCCCACUUCACAUCACUGAGUCCUGACACCCACUUCCAUAGGUUCUAGGGGAGAGGAGAGGCGAGGGUCUGCCCUGCUCUGCACUAUAUCUCCCGCUUACUCUCCAGAACCUCCACAAUAAAUGGACUGGGCUAA